AUGUUCGAAAACUGGCCCGAGAAGCAGCAGGCAGUGCCCCUGGUCACAACCUUCCAGGCCCUGGUCGCUGGUGAGGUCAGUGAUGAUGCCCUCGAACAGAAGACUUUAGCUAUGCAUCAGUGGUUGUUGGGUGGUGAACUGCCCGAAACAAUUAUGGUGAUCUUUGGAGGUGAUAAGGAUAAGCGUUCGUUGUGGAUAUUAAGUGAUAAGAAAAAGGCGGAAAUUCUCGAGAAGCUUCUCACCGGAGUUCCCCUAGGAGAUAAGUUCACUAUCCACUACGAAGUCCUCGACGGUGCCAGCGAUGUUGCUGUAUAUGAUAAAGUCUUUGGCAUGGCUAAGGCGAUUGCAGGGGAGAAGAAGUGCCAAGUCGGAUUGUUGAAGAAGGAGAAGCAUGUGGGGAAGAUGGCCAAAGGCUUUACUAACUACUGUUCAUCGAAUGAUACUCUUGCUCAUGAUAGCAUUGGUAAUGCUACCGCUACUGUUAGCUCUUGGAUGAUGAUCAAGGAUGCUGAGGAGGUUGAGAAUAUGAGGAGGAGUGCCAUCUUCAGCACGCUGUUGAUGAAGCAGGUGAUGGUUAGGGAUGUGGAAUCAGUCAUUGAAAAGGACGCGAAGAAGUCCCAUGAGGCCAUAUGCGAUACAGUAGAGUCGGCAGCUGAGAAUAAGGAGAUGCUGACAAGAUGGGCUAAGAAGUUCCCGUAUCUGGCUGAAGACAAGGCAGUGGAUGUGGUAUACACGUUGAUACAGUCUGGAAAGGAGUUCACAUUACGGCCUGACGUUCAGCCCAACCGGGAGGCUCUUGAUUUCAGCUGUAUUGUCGUUUCGGUUGGAGCUAAGUAUAGGGAGUACUCAACCAACAUCACCAGAACUCUCAUCGUGGAUCCCACUAAGCACCAGAGAGCUUAUUACAACUUGUGUUUGUCAACUAUGGAUACCAUUAUCAAGAGUAUUAAUGGUAAGGAGUCGGUCACUUGUCAGGAGGUCUAUAAUGCAGCUGUUGAGCACAUAAAACAGAAGGCGUCAACAGUGGAGUAUCUCCACGACGCCCUGUCCCAGUUCCAAACAGACUGUGGGUAUUCGAUUGGGCUGGAGUUCAGGGAUGGUCAUAUGCUGUUGAAUGCGAAGAAUCAUAAACAUAUAACACCAGGGAUGUGUCUCAACCUGGGCGUGGGCUUUGCGGGGGAUAAGAUGGUGAAUGAGAAGAAGAAGCCCUAUGCUGUGUGGGUGUGUGAUUCAGCCUACAUAUCUACUGGUCGUGACGGCAAGAUGAAGGUGGAGUUGCUUACGUCGGGGAUGUCGUCUGGCAAGGAUGAAGUGAUGUAUUAUCUUGAUACGGAUCAGCCUGGAGAGAACGAAGAUGUUGUGAAGAGUGAGAGGAAGGAUAGUACGAAGAAGGAAAAGAAAAGCAAAAAAGAAAAGAGACAGCAUGAUAAGACUCCUGACAAGUCUAAGAGGGAGAAAAAACGUCGCGAGGAGGCCAAGUCGAGUAGUGGGCGGCACAAGCAUAAGAAGGACGACCUUGUAAUCGAGUCACGACUUCGAACACGUCGUAACAGAGCUACAGCAGAGGAUGAGGAGGAGAGGAAGAGGUUGAUGGAACAGCAAUAUGAGCUGAGGGCUCGCAAGGUGGAGGAGUGUCGAGCCAGGCUACUCCGGUCUGGUGAAGAUGCGGGUGAUUCUGGUGAUGAUGCCACUAACAAGAACAAGUGCUUGGAUACAUGCAAGUCGUAUGCGACGCCAGAUGAUAUUCCUCGUGAUAUUCGAACGACUAAGCUGACUGUUGACGCCAAGCAUGAUACGUUGUUGGUGCCCAUCAAUGGCAACCUGGUGGCAUUCCAUAUUCGAACUAUCAAGAACGUGAGCAAGCCUAACGACGAGGGGGGAAAGUAUACGUCCAUACGUAUCAACUUUCAUGCGCCGGGUACUAGCUUUGUUCAGCAGGACAUGUUCCCGGAGGCUAACAGGAGUAAGGAGACCCUUGUUUACCUCAAAGAGCUGAAUUAUCGGGCGGAGGAUGGUAGGAACUUGCAGGCUGUAUUUAGAGGCUUGAAGGAGCUCCAGAAGAGGCAGAGGACGAGGGAGUUGGAAGCUAACACUAUGAAGGACAUUAAGGAGCAGCCCUCGUUGAAGUUGAUAAAGGAUAGGAGCAGACCUGUACUGAGGGAUCUCAACGUGAAGCCUCAGCUAGGCUCGACUGGUCGUAAUAGGGCUGUGGGAACGUUGGAGGCGCACCAGAAUGGAUUCAGGUUUACCUCUUCUAGAGCCGAACAUGUUGAUAUCAUUUAUCGGAAUAUCGCACAUGCAAUUUUCCAGCCUUGUGAAAACGACCAGACGGUGUUGCUGCACUUCAACUUGAAAGAUCCGAUCUUGGUGAGUGGUAAGAAAAAGACAUAUGAUAUCCAGUUCUAUACGGAGACUAGAUCGGCUGGUGACGACCUGGGGACCAGACGAAGGGCUGGGUAUGAUCCAGAUGAGAUAAUGGAUGAGCAAAGGGAGAGGGAGAUGAUCACUAAGCUCAACAAACUAUUCCGGGAGUUUGUACGACAAGUAGAGGAGCAGGUGUGGUCGCAGUAUGCCCCGAACUUGGAGUUUGACAUGCCUUAUCGCGAGCUGGGGUUCACUGGUACUCCUAAUAAAGCCCAUGUGGACAUCUACCCUUGUCGGGACUGUAUAGUUGCUCUCUCGGAAUGGCCGGCUUAUGUGCUUAGUCUUAGGAACAUCGAUAUCGUAUAUUUUGAAAGGGUAUCAUUCAAUCUACGUAACUUCGACAUGACAUUCAUAUUUAAAGACUAUACGCAGACACCAGCUAGGAUAUCUAUUAUACCAACAGAGAGUCUUGAUCAGAUCAAGCAGUGGUUGGGAGAAUUAGGGAUUGUAUGGUAUCAGGGGCCCACCAACAUGAACUGGACUAACAUUAUGAAGGAAAUUAAUAAGAAGAAGCAAGCAUUCAUCGACAACGGCGCUUGGGAAGGAUGGUUUGGCGAGUCUGUUGACGAGGGUUCGGACGAUGGCAUGGAUGAGGGCGAUGAGGAAUACACUGAAAGUGAAGACAGUGAUGUUGAAUCGGAGGCUGGGGGCUCUGAAUACAAAGGUGGCGGCUCUGAUAGCGAUUCGGGAAGCAGCUUUUUGGUUGACGAGGAAUCCGAUUCCGACUCGGAGGUGUCUCUGGCAUCGGACGAAUCGGAGGGACUGAGCUGGGAUGAGCUGGAGAAGAAGGCGGCCAAUGAGGAUCGAAAGCGGCGUCGUAGUCCUGAGAGUUCAGAGAAGAAGAGGCCCGUGUCGAAGAAGAAGAGACGAUGAAGUGUGUGUGGUGUGGUAACGUAAUGUUCAUUGAUGUUAAUAUUAUUACUAAAGGAGGUAUUAUUGUUGAAUGCCCCUUUGAUUAAGCACGUCCCUAAUUCCCCUACACCUUUCGAUGCCCUAUGGUCGUUUUCGUAAGAAGUGCAUUGUACUG